CCGAGGCAUGGGCAGCGAGGCAAUUGGCCGGAGCUGGCCAGCCCAACCCAGCGGCAGAGAGGGGACUGGCGGGCCGGGCUGCUGGGCCAUCUCGCUGCRGGGCGCGGGGCGUGGGGCGCGCGGAGCCCCGGGCCGAGGAGCUGAGCCACUGGAGAAGAUGGUGGACCACUUGGCCAACACAGAGAUCAACAGCCAGCGGAUCGCAGCAGUGGAGAGCUGCUUUGGGRCAUCAGGGCAGCCACUGGCCCUGCCAGGCCGGGUGCUGCUAGGUGAGGGCGUGCUGACCAAGGAGUGCCGCAAGAAGGCCAAACCACGCAUCUUCUUCCUCUUCAAUGACAUCCUGGUGUAUGGCAGCAUCGUGCUCAACAAGCGCAAGUACCGCAGCCAGCAUAUUAUUCCACUGGAGGAGGUGACGUUGGAGCCACUGCCAGAGACCCUGCAGGCCAAGAACCGCUGGAUGAUCAAGACAGCCAAGAAGUCCUUUGUGGUGUCAGCUGCCUCCACUACAGAGCGCCAGGAGUGGAUCAGUCACAUUGAGGAGUGUGUGCGGCGGCAGCUGCUGGCCACAGGCCGCCAGCCCACCACAGAGCAUGCAGCACCCUGGAUCCCUGACAAGGCCACGGACAUCUGCAUGCGCUGCACACAGACACGCUUCUCGGCCCUAACCCGGCGCCACCACUGCCGCAAGUGUGGCUUCGUGGUCUGUGCUGAGUGCUCCCGAGAGCGCUUCCUGCUACCACGCCUCUCACCUAAGCCGCUUCGGGUCUGCAGCCUCUGCUACCGAGAGCUGGCUGCCCAGAAGCGGAAGGAAGAAGAGGCAGAACAGGACAGGGGCUCCCCAGGACAGCUGGCCCACCUGGGUGGGGCUUUCUGUGGAGCAUCCAGUGGAGAUGACGAUGACUCCGAUGAGGACAGGGAGGGCAGUAGGGAUGGUGACUGGCCCAGCCACGUGGAGUUCUACACUUCAGGUGUCUCCUGGUCAGCCUUCCACAGCUGACCCUGGCCUGCAGAACUUUUUUAUCCAAGCCAGCUCCAUUGCUCAGACCCCUAAGAGGUCAGUUCCUGAGCUGCCUGGCACCCUGGGCCCUUGCCCCAUGGUGGGCAGAGGUAGGGAUGGCUCUUUCCCUCGGGAUUCCCAGUGCCUUUUUGCUGGACAUUGGCAUUCCCUUAGGCCCACUCAGUUCUACUUUCCAUUUAACAAGCCCCAGAACACUUAGACCUCUUAGGAAUAAAUGCCAUUUUCAACUCUACGUGCUACAGCUGCAGCUUYGGACAAUCCCUUGAAUUUAUAUCACCUGGAGUGCCCCAGACAUUUAGGGACCAGAGAGGGAUAAAGAACACAAAGGGAAAACAGGAUGAUAGUGAGGGUCCACUGCACUAAGGCCUGAGCUGCAGAACCUCACCCUAACACCCUUGGACAAGCCUACCCCAAGGAAGAGCAUGAAUCUAAGGAAUGCCUUCAGGAAACCAAGGCCUGCCCACCAGCAUGCUGGUGCCCACCUGGCCCUGCCAGUCCAGGUGUGGGUACUCACCUAAGCCAGGCAAGAGAACUGCUGCCUAGGGCAGCCUGAUAAGGACUCUGCCUGUCUUCCUUCCUUCCAGUUCUUUAUAUCCUGUCCCCAUCUCUCCCUGCAGCCAAUGAAAUUAGUGUUUUCUGUUAGAAUUCUUCCAUUGCAAUGACGGAAACCCUUUCCAGACUGACUUACUAAUAAAAAGGUUUACUGACUUA